AUGUCUGCCGUCCUCGUAGCGUCGCUGGCCGUCGCCUUCACCGGCCUCCUCUCCCUAAUGUCCUUCCUACGCUCACCCGUCCGCAAACACGAUGACCACCUCCCCGGCGAGCCCGGCGCCGCGUACAUCCUCGAAAACACCGUCACGCACGCGCGCCUGCUCCCGACGCCCGCGACCCACGCGUUCUCCUACCCGACGCUCGCGCUGCUCCUCUCGCUCGACGCGUUGGAGGCGGGCGCGCUCGACCUCGGCCGUGGAUGGCUCUUUGGCUAUGGCGGCACCGCGUGGCGGCUUACUGGGAUGCGGAGCGGCGCGUACCUCUUGCCUAACACCCCGUCGGCACCCAAGUCCCUGUCUGCGGGCAACAGCAACGGCAAUGGGAGCAAUGGGGUAAAUGGAAACGAAGGGAGAAAACGCGAAAACGGGACCUCGAUCAAAGCGAAGCUCGCGGAGGUGCUGGUGCGGCAGGGGAAGGACGGCGCGCGGGUGUGGGCGUGGGCGGACACGGGCGACGCGUGGAUGCUGACGAUGCCGAGCUAUGUGGGGUACGAGGGCAUCAACCCGCUCACCGUGUACUUUUGCUAUGCGCGGUCCGAGGAGGAGCAGGAUGGGGCGCUGGAGUGGGUCGUGCUCGAGGGAGAGAGGUGCAAGGCUGAUUGGGGGGCGCGGCGGAAGAUACACAACACGUUCGGGGAGAAGCACGUCCACGUCCUCGAGCCCGGCGUGGGCGAGGAGCAGUCUACACCAGGGUACGACCACACCUGGACCUUCCUGCGCGACUUCCACGUCUCCCCCUUCAACGACCGCGCCGGCUUCUACACCGUCUCCAUCGCGCUCCCGCCUCCCCCACGCUCCCCCCUCCUCUCCGCCCCACCACGCCCGAAGAUCCGCAUCCUCCUCCGCACCGCGUCCCCCGGCCCCGGCCCCGUUCCCGACAAGCUGAAGCUCACCGCGACGCUCUUCGCGCGUCGCGCGGUGCCGUUCACGAGCGCACACCUCCUGCGCGCGCUCGCGCGGUACCCGUUCGCGCUGUUGCUCUCGUUCGCGCGCAUCCUGUACCACGCGGGGAUAUUGCACUAUAAGAAGGGCCUCGACGUGUUUCCGCGUCCGGAUCCCAAGCCCGCGGCGCAGGGCUGGCGUUCGCCUGCAUCGGAGGAGACGGAGGCGGGGGAACGCGUAUACGGCGGCAUUGGGUGGCAGCCUGAGGGCGCGCUCGAGGCGUAUGCGCGCGGUCUUAUAGAGAAGCUCCUCGCGCGACGCGCCGAGGAACUGGGGAUUCAGAUCGAGCUUGUGUCCGGAGACCCCUCUGUCCCACGGCAGACGUUCCAGCCGUCCGCACGCGCGCAGGAGAAGGGCAUACAAGGAGAGGCGGACCUCACGAUCCACUACGCGGCGCCGCGGUUCUUCAGCACGCUCCUGCUCGCGCCCUCCCCAGAGCACAUGCUCCUGGUCGGCCGCGCGGAGGACCUGUUCCGCGUGAACUCGGAUUCGCUCUUCUCGCAAGUCUUCGCUGCGUCCGCAAGGACAAUACGAGACAAGACGACGAGUUCGCUCACGCAGCGGAUCCGCACGGCAUUACUCCCGACAGGUUACUUGAUGUCUUUGCCGACCGGGACACCAGCGCGACAUAUACUCGACGCCGACCGUCCUCUCGUGAACGCGCUCGCUGUAUGCGCCCUACACCUCAUGGACCACCUCGAAAAGACGGUGUUCACCCUACUCAGGGCGCGCUUCGUCCCUGGGAUGGAACCGUGGCUACGCUGGGACAGAGCCGCCGACCUCGCACUCACCGAACACACACCACCACCAUCAUCAUCGUGA